CCAAAAUGGCGAAAAACAAGUGAUCGUAUUUUGUCCACCUUCGGCCAAAAAAGUGUUAAAUUUUCAUCUGAAAAUUGAAGAUAAUGAUGCAAAAGUGCGAUUGGACGUAAACAUUGACGAAUUUAGUUGUUUUUAUUUUGUCUUGUCUUUUUUGUUGUAUUCAACUGGGGAAUAUGUAUGUUGUGAGUGGCCCUCUGUAGAAGUGCUGUUCUCAGUUUUUUUUCGAAUCCUUUCCAGAAAAUAUGAAUACUGGUGUUACGGGCGAAAAUAUCUACGACUUUAAUUCGGAAGAAAAUGCUGCAAAAUGGAAAGGUCUCUUGACUGCUGCAUUAAAAAAAGUUUUAGAACAAGUGCACCCUUCAUUAGGUGCAAGAGAAGAAGCCUUAGAAUAUGUGGAAAGCCUAUGCUUGCGUCUUCUUGGGAUGCUGUGUGCCAAACCAAGUCCUCACACAGUUCAGGAUGUUGAAGAUCGGGUAACUAGUACUUUUCCCACACCAAUUGAUAAAUGGGCACUAAAAGAAGCCCAAGAAGCUCUUGAAAGAGGAAAGAAAAAGUCAGUAUUACAGCUGCCUGUCGAUAAAAUCCAUUCUUUAUUACAAAAAGAACUUUUGCUCUACAAAGUUGAUUCCACGGUGUCUUUAUUUUUGGUGGCAGUUUUAGAGUACAUCUCAGCUGAUAUUCUAAAAUUGGUUGGAAACUAUGCAAAGAACAUAAAGCAUGUAGAGAUUACUUAUCAAGAUGUGCAGAUAUCUAUGAAGGUAGACAAAGCUCUUAUGGAUAUGUUUUAUCAAGAUGAAGGAGGAGGUUGUAGUAAUUUAAACGAAACACCAGUGAUGCUGUCAACAGCGCCUAGGACCAGUCUUACUUAUGAAGAAACUGUCAGAGAACUCAUCGCUUCUGAAAAAGCUUAUCUGAAGGAAUUGCACAUGUUGAUAAAAGUAUUUAGAGAGGAAAUUAUUAAAUUGAAUCCAGGUCCACAGGAUAUAGAGAAGAUAUUUUCAAAUAUUAUGGAUAUCUAUGAAUUGACUUACACGCUAUCGGGUAGUUUAGAAGAUGUUAGGGAGAUGGCCCAAGAGAAGAUGCCUUAUAUUGGUAGCUGUUUUGAAGAACUUGCAGAAGCAGCAGAAUUUGAUGUAUACAUCAAAUACGCUAGAGACGUCACAUCACCGAGUUGUAGAGAAACUUUGAACACUUUGUUGACUAGGCCCGAAGUUCAAAGCUCACUCAACACUGCAGGGCAAGGGAUGCCGCUCGCUCUUCGUUACUACUUACCAGCAUUGCUCAUGGGACCUAUAUGGCAUUGUUUUUCGUAUUUGGAUUAUAUAACGAUAUUAAAGGGUUUGACGCCUUCCACCGAGGAUAGAGAGACUUUGGCACAAGUCGAAGGAUUGUUGAAGCCAUUACAAAUUACGUUAGGAAGCUGUGUUCCCACUCAAACAUUACCCAGGAGUUCAGCUCCGCUUCCGCAGGCGAGAGCGAGACGACAAGCAGCACUUAUAAAGAUCCACGAACUGGAAAGGAUCGUAGAGAACUGGGAUUCAAAGGAUCUAGGGCAGUGCUGUAACGAAUUCGUUAGAGAAGAUACUUUGAUCAAAGUUGGCAACAAUAAAAGACUGACCGACAGACGGGUGUUCCUUUUCGAUGGUCUGAUGAUACUCUGUAAACCAAAUUCAAGGAGGCAGAGUUCAGUGCACCAUCCGAGUCAUCCCGAAUGCAAGCUCAAGGAGAGGUUCUUCAUUAGGAAAGUGGAAAUCAUAGAUCAUCAAGAUACGGAAGAAUUAAAACAUGCUUUCGAAAUAUCUCCGAGGCAGACUCCUUCUGUGAUUCUAUGUGCCAAAUCAAAUGAGGACAAGAAUUCUUGGAUGGCUGAUUUGGUGAUGCUGAAUAACAGGUCUAUGUUGGAGAGAGUAUUAGAUAGUAUCCUGUCCGACAUCGAGAGGAAGCACCCGCUGAAACUUCCUCCUCCUGAACUAUAUAAGUUCGCCGAACCUGAUUCUAAAGAUAACAUCAUUCUCGAACAGAGAGAAAAUGGCGGAGUUCCUCUAAUUAAAGGCGCAACUAUAUAUAAACUCGUUGAAAGACUGACUUACCAUAUUUAUGCUGAUCCAAAAUUCGUCAGGACUUUUCUGACGACGUACAGGAGCUUCUGUUCACCCACGGAACUACUAGAUCUGUUAAUUGAACGGUUCCAGAUACCAGACCCCUCUCUAGUCUACGAACAAGACUGUUGUGAUACUGAAAAAAUGCAGAAAAGUAGCCAGAGGGAAGAUUGGAAAAAGUAUAGGAAGGAAUAUUGUCAACCGGUGCAAUUCAGGGUAUUAAAUGUGUUACGUCAUUGGGUAGACCACCAUUUUUAUGAUUUCGAAAGGGAUGCAGCGCUUUUAGUGAAAUUACAAAACUUCUUGGAUUCUGUACAUGGGAAAAGUAUGCGGAAGUGGGUGGAUAGUGUCAUUAAAAUUGUCCAAAGAAAGAUGGAAAACGAUAACCAAAGGCACAUAAAAUUCGCAUUUGACGAUCCACCGCCUCCCAUCGAAAGACAUAUCAACUGUCCAGAGGAUGAGUACGGCAUUCUGACACUGCACCCUGUAGAAUUAGCGAGGCAACUUACGAUUCUCGAAUUCGAUUUGUAUAGGACAAUUAAACCAUCUGAAUUGGUCGGUUCGGUGUGGACGAAGAGAGAUAAAGAAACUACUAGUCCCAAUUUGUUGAAGAUGAUCAAACAUACGACAGAUUUUACGCGAUGGCUUGAAAAGAACAUAGUAGAAGCGGAAAAUUUCGAAGAAAGAGUUGCAAUAGUAAACAGGGUAAUUGAAAUUAUGAUUUGCCUGAACGAUAUCAACAACUUCAAUGGAGUUCUUGCGAUAGUUUCCGCACUUGGAUCGGCUUCGGUGUAUAGGCUGCAUUGCACGUUCAAUGCGUUAACUGUGCCAAACCGGAAGGCACUCGAAGACAGCAGGAAAAGCGACGAUCGAUUUAAAAAGUACCAGGAGAAAUUGAGAUCCAUUAAUCCCCCUUGCGUUCCAUUCCUAGGCAUGUACCUAACAAACAUCUUACACAUUGAAGAAGGUAACCCGGACUUCCUUCCCAACACUCAGCUCAUCAAUUUUUUCAAAAGAAGGAAAGUGGCGGAGAUCACCGGAGAGAUACAACAGUAUCAGAACCAACCGUACUGUUUUAGCGUUGAGCCAAGUAUUAGGCAUUUUUUAGAAACAUUAAAUCCAUUCGGAGAAUUGAACGAUACGGAAAUCAGUAAUUAUUUGUACCAAAAAUCUUUGGAAAUCGAACCGAGAGGCAGCAAGAUACCUCCGAAGUUCCCUAGGAAGUGGCCGCAUUUGAAUCUGAAGAGUCCUGGUAUCAAAACCGUAAAGACUGCAAAGAGUGUGCCUAGUGCCGUUGCGAAUACUAUCAGUCAGACCUUGAAUUCUACGAUAAAAAGUGAUGAUUCCAAGAGCGAAGAUUCUUCCAGGUCUGAUAAUGAUUUUAGUGUUUUUGCACCGGUACAGUUGGGAACUGGUCAGAACAGUCCUACUUUAAGUCCAGUUUCUCCAGCUGCGUCCAAUCCUAUUAUGAACUGGUUCCAUCACACGCGGAGUUCAAGCGUUAGUUCCAUUAUUUCUACCUCGUCUUUCAGACCUAGAACAGAACCUGUACCACCAUCAAUACCGCAGAGAUACAGUCACAACAGCCAGAGUUCAACUGGUGGACCGAACAGUCCCGGGCCUCAUAGUCCCGUCUCUCCCGGACCUCAUCUACCUACCGAGCCCAUCAGCCCUCGUUUACCUCCUACCCCUCCACCUCCACCACCACCUUUGCCUCCAAGGAGGAGAAGGGAUAGCCCUGAGAUCAGUUCGCCGCAACAGAUGAGACAGGCGCCAGACGCUCCCAUUCUCCCACCUCGUGACAACUCCCUUCCUCGUGAUAAUUCCCCUCCGCCCUUGCCACCACGAAGAGAGCCGGGAGCAUCACCCAGUGCUCACUCUCACUCCCAUUCACACUCUUUCCCUCACCAUUUUAUGAAUCCCCUUCCAAAUUUAGGAGGACACAGUACUUUACCGAGGUUGAAUCCCACAUAUACUUCUCAACUUCAUAUGAGGCGGCAUGCAACAUUGCAUCCACACCCACAGCAGCAUCCUAACACACAUAACGGGACCAGUCUACCACCAGCAGCCCAACCGCCCAGUAUUUCUCCCAGAUAUACCGUGGAGGUAAACUCUGGCCAAGUGACUCCUCAGCUGCCUCCCCGACCAACAGUGAGAUCUGCAGGGCUAACGUGUGGCACCAUGUUCCAGUACCCGACUACGACCACCACUUAAGGAAUUGUAAAAAAUAUAUUUUUAAAUGAAAAAAAAAAACUGCAAAAUAUUACGCUUAUCAUCAGGUUGCUUCGCUUGGCCAUAGAUGAAAAAAUUUCGAAAAAUUAUGGAGAGCUUAAAUGUAUUUUAAACGGUUGCAAAAAGACGUUGUUAGACGGUUGCAAAAAGGCUAGUCACAAUUCUCUUGGUUUCCAAAUUGUUUUAUGGAAACGGGUCUUUUUAAAUUUAAUACAUCUUCAUUGAGAAAUUAUGAUGAAUAUCUAGUAAAAGUGUACUUUGUCUCAGAUUUAAAGCAGGAAAUAAUCAAGUUUAACGCCUAAAAAUUCAUGUAUAUUAUGUUACCACUUCAAGUUUUCGCGGGAGCUGUGCUUUCUGUGGUUUUAAGGGUUUGAUUCCGCGUUGAAUAAUAUUGGGUUUUACAAAAACCAUUAUUUUAACGACGUUUCGGUAAGGUCGCGUUUGCCAUUGUCGAAGUCAGGUAGUUCCUCUUCUCGCUGUGGCUUGACGUAAACAGUAUACUUCCGUCCGGAGCUGAUAGUCCAGUCCACUUCGUCUCGGCUCCGAACUCUACUUCAUCCAUCACAGCUCCGAUAUUUUCCUUUGUAUAGUCUCACAGCGUGUGAAGGUAACGAUAAUAGGAUUUCUCCUCGAGGAAGGAAUUCGUAGUACACCACACUCUUCCACUCUCUUUCACCUACUGUGACUUAUACGGACUUCUUCUUGUAGUGCCUAUCCGUUUCGGAUGUUGGCGACCAUCAUGGCAAACUGUACUUUGCACACUUCUGCUCUGAAAAGAUCUGUAGUGGUUGUGAUGAACCACGUACGUAGAUUUUUCAGCCACGAAAUCCUUCGCCUUCCUGGUCCUCGCUUUCCUUCUACUUUUCCCUGUAAGACCAGUUGCAGCAGUCCAUAUCUUUCACUGUUCCUCAUGAUGUGACCGAGGUAUUCGAUUUUGGCUGUUUUUAUUUUGAUUAACAGCUCUUUUUCUUUUUGCAUUCUCAGCAAAACACCCUCAUUAGUAAUGUGGUCGGUAUAAGAUAUCUUCAGGAUUCGACGAUAAAGCCACAUCUCAAAAGCCUCAAUUUUCUUGCAGGUGGCGUCUGUGAGAGUCCACGACUCAACUCCGUACAACAGUAUAGGAAAGAUAUAACAUCGUAGUAAUCUGACUUUCAUGGGUAUCGACAAAUCAUGACAUUUGAACAACUUUGACAUUUUUUGAAAUGCAGAUCUUGCUUUCUCUAUGCUACAUUUGAUUUAUAUAGAAUGGUCCCAAUUUUCAGUAACGUUCGUACCAAGGUAGGUAUAUGUUUUUACUCUUUCUAUUUGUUGACCAUUCACACUGAUUCGUCCAAAUUGCUGUUUGUUCUUAGAGAUAAUCACACAUUUUGUUUUCUUAGUGUUUAGUGAAAGUCCGUAUCUCUGACUGACUUCCGCGAUUCUGUUCAUUAACUCCUGCAGGGCUUCAGAACUGUCAGCGAAUACCACAGUGUCGUCUGCGUAUCUUAUGUUAUUGAUACAUUCUCCGUUAAUUCGAAUUCCGGCCUCAACAUCAUGCACUGCUUCUUGAAAGAUUUCCUCAGAGUAGAUGUUAAACAGCAGUGGGGAUAGUGUACAUCCCGGACGGACCCCACGUUUGAUUUUGAUAUCGUCGGAUUCUCCUGCAUCUGUCCGGAUAGAGGAUGUUUGAUUCCAGUACAGAUUGCUGAUAAUCCUUAAAUCACAGGUGUUAAUUCCAAUAUUGGUUAAUAUCUCCAUCAGCUUGUCGUGCUUUACUGUAUCGAACGCUUUAUGGUAAUCAAUGAAACAUGCAUAAAUAUCGCAAUUUACGUCUCUACAUCGUUGAAAUAGCACUUGUAUACUAAAUAGAGCCUCUCUUGUACCCACUGCAUUUCGAAAACCAAACUGUGUUCGGCUGAUUUUUUCUUCGCACAGCCUAUAUAUCCUUUGAUGUAUAAUUUUUAGAAAUAGUUUUAAAAUAUGGCUCAUUAAGCUGAUGGUUCGGAAAUCACUACAGGAUACGGACUUUGUUUUCUUUGGUAAAGCAACAAACGUCGACUUCAAUCAUGUUUUUGGUAUUACUCCGCUUAAAUAUAUGUCGUUAAAUAUUUUGAUUAGGCGUUGAGUACCGUCGGUGUUAAAUAGUUUUAUGAGUUCAGCAUAUGCAUAUGCAUUGUCAGGUCCAGGAGCUUUGCCAUCUUUUAGUUGUGAUAUUGCUCUUUCCACUUCAUCUGAUGUGAUUGGUAAGUGGUCAUCACAUAUGUAGGAUGGAGGUUGUUCGGAUCUAGUAUCAUCAAAGAUGAUACUAGAUUCGAACUUUGAUGAUACUAGAUCCGAACAACCUCCAUCCUACUGAUGAUACUAGAUACGGACUUGAGAUUAGAAUAUUUUUUAGAUUUUUUAAAGCUCCUGUUUUACCAUGUUUAACACAAAACUUGAUACUAACCUGUUGCUCUUCUUUUACAUUUAUCGAAAAAUCUUCUUGCUGAAAACUCUUGAAGCUUCAUAAGCAGUGUUUGCAGGCCAUCGAUAUCUUAAGCUUUGAUGUUUUUGUUGCUUUUUUACUACUUAUGUAGUAAUUUAUUUUUGGUGUUAUCUUUAUACCAUCAACAAUAUUCGUAAAUGCCGUCUUUGGUAUUAAUAGCACAAAUUCGAUAUUCUGUUAAAAUCUGAGAGCAGUAUCUUUUAUCAGAUCUAUCAAAGAUAUUAUAUUAAAUGAAUUAUUCACUUUUUACAAGUGUUUGCCUUGUGGACAAGUGUAAUAAUGAUUAUAUUUUACCUGCACUUAAAAUUGCCUCUGAAAUCUAGCCUAGAUUGAUAGGUGGAAUAUAAAUCGAUCUAUAGCUUUGUUCUAAAAUGAAUAUUCUCAAAAAUUGCAGUUUUGCCGAAUUGGGCGCGCCUGAGAAUAGGAUAAGUCACAAAGAAAACCAAUGGAAACAAUGGUAACCUUUCUGUUGUUCUGAAGCUGUUUCCUUAUGGCAUUUUUGUAAUUGACUAUUCUAAAUGGGAAAUAAGCCACAAUCUAACAAAAAAAAAAAAAGAUUUUAUUAACGUUUCGACGUCCACAUCGGAUGUCGUUGUCAAAAUACAAAAUAUUAAUAAAUUAAACAAAAAUGUUGUUGCUUAGUAAAAAUAUGUAUGAAUUGCCGAUAUAAAUGAGUCAGAUUAAAUUAAAUUAUUAGAAGAAUUUUUUACUAAGCAACAACAUUUUGGACGUGGACGUCGAAACGUUAAUAAAAUCAUUUUUUUAGUUAAAUUGUGGCUUAUUCCCCAUAUAGAAUAGUUGUUGAUAACCUUUCUGUUUCAACUUCAAUUUAGCUUAAUUAUAACUUUUGACGGCUCAGUUAAAACCUUUUUUAUGAUAUUCACAUGGUUCCAAUACAUGUUUUUGUUGUAACUCUCAAUACAUACAAGAAUAAUGUUUAUAUGUUUAAUAAGGCUUAGAACUGUAGCAUUUUUAUAUUCCUUCUAGAAGAAAACUGGAGAUCGUCUUAGAAAAUGCGUGCGAAAUUUUUUGAAAUGUUCUUCUGAUUGGUCCAUCAGAUCAGUACAAAUAAGAAAUUCGUGCACUCGUUAUUAGAUUGUACAAUAAGAAUGUUUUUGUUUAAUUUCACAAAGGUCAUUUCAAUAACACAGCGUGUUUUGAAUGAUCACUCAGUCUUGUAAUGUGAUCAUUCAAUGCAAUGCCGUAGAGUUAGGACAACUUUAAGGAAUAGUUUGCAUUCGUUUCAUAGCAAUAAUAUUAAGUGUCUUAUUAUUAGCCAUUGAAAUGUUUCCGUAAUUAUUAUUUUGUAGUGUGAAUAAAGGAGCUGUAAAAUGGAUUAAAUUCAAGACCAAACCGUUAAACAUAAUACGCUUAUAGAUUGUAAAUUGCCGAACGAUUCAUUUUAUCUGCUCAAAAUACUUUUGAAUUAAAUUAAUAAAAAGUUUUUUCCUCGAUUUAUAAAAAAUGUUUGCAGGUUAAUAUCUAUAAAAAAAUGAAAAACUUGCCCCUGUCAAACUCUUUUUUACUGUAGAAUACUGUAGAUGUUCCAGCAAUAUAAAUAUCUUCUUCUUCAAGUGUCAUCUCCGCGACGGAGGUCGGCAAUCAUCAUAGCUAUUCGGACUUUGGAGACGACUGCUCUGAAAAGUUCGUUUGAUGUACAUCCGUACCAUUCUCUCAGGUUGCGCAGCCACGAUAUUCUGCGUCUCCCUAUGCUUCUUUUGCCUUGAAUCUUUCGCUGCAUAAUGAGUUGGAGCAAGUUGUAUCUCUCUCCACGUGUAAUAUGUCCGAGAUAUUACAAUUUUCUGGUUUUGAUUGUAUUUAAGACUUCCAUUUCUUUAUUCAUCUUUCUCAGAACCUCUUGUUUGUGACGUGUUCUGUCCAUGAGAUUUUCAGAAUUCUUCUAUAUACCCACAUCUCGAAUGAUUCCAGUUUUUUCAUUGGUGCCGCAUUCAAGGUCCAAGCUUCCAUUCUGUAAAUAUCACAUUCUAACAAUUCAUACGUUUUUCAUCAUUAUUGUCAUAUUUAUUUAAAAGAACAGUGCAUUUAGUUCCACACUUCUUGUCACCGAACUUUUUUCUGACGGACUAAUUAUUUUUAUGUCACUAUCAGGAUUGUUAAUUAUAGAAUGAUAUUAUUCAAGACACUAUAUUACGUAAUAUAGACUGGUCCCUGGAAGUAUUUGAGUAUGCAAAACCUGAGGACCGGCAGCUAUGUUCUGAUUUUUUUACCUGAGACCUUGAACAAUGAAAAACUGAAUCUUGCCGGAAAGUGCGAUGGUGCCUUGUUGCUCCCUCCACCCAUUGUUAAGGGCAGAUAAAAAGCAAUGUUUCGCAAAACAAAACAUUUUUUGUAUUUUUUGGGUCAUUCUAAGCAAAAAAUAUUCCUAAAGUUUUUACGUAAAAUGCAUAGUUUUCGAGAUAACGCGGUUAAACUUUAAAAAAAUCGAAAAAUUGCAAUUUUUGAACCUGAAUAACUUUUGAUUAAAAAAUAAAAUAACAAUUCUGGUUGCAGCAUUUGAAAGUUCAAGUCAGAUCAUACCGGUUUUGAUUAUUUGCAUUGCUAAAAAUCAAUUUUUUUUAUUGUUGAACAAAGCUAUAAACAAACAGUGUUUAAGCGUUUUGUCGCAUGUCCGCACCGCGCCAAGGAUUAAAACCGAACGGAACCGACAAGCCGAUUGCAGAUCCUAAAACGCUCAAACACUGUUCGUUUAUAGCUUUGUUUAACAAUAAAUUGAACUUUCAAAUGCUGUAACCAGAAUUGCUAUUUUAUUUUUUAAUCAAAGUUAUUCCGGUUAAAAAGUUGCAAUUUUUCGAUUUUUUUUUUAAGUUUAACCUCGUUUAUCUCGAAAACUAUGCAUUUUACUAAAAAACUUAGUACAUUUUUUGCUUAGAAUGACCCAAAAAAAUGUUUAGUUUUGCAAAAAAUUGCCUUUUAUCUCUCCUUAACAAUGGGGGGGUUAACAAGGCACCAUCGCACCUUCCGGCAAGAUUCAGUUUUUCAUUGUUCAAGGUCUCGGGUAAAAGAAUUCGAACAUAGUUGCCGGUCCUCAGGUUUUGUUUUAGCUAAAUUCCUAGCCUAUAGGCUCAACUUAUUGAUAAUAUACAUUCUAAUGUUUACGAGAUCCUACAAUUUUUCUCAAGACAUUGGCUCGUAUGAAUAAAAAUGAGAAUGUAGUUUAUACUCCAAAUGUUGGAGUACAUACUCCCCAUAGAGGGUAUCUACUCUUAUGUACUGUGAGUAGAAACUCGUCGCAUCAAAAUAUUUUUAUUCUUAACAUUGGCCCUUGUUUUUCACAAACCUGAUGUUCGUCUCUACGUCUCCAAUUUAUUUACAUUUCUUUUGAAAUACCACAUUCAGCCCUGUGAUGUAUCACCAAAGUUAUUUUUAAAGUUUAACAGUAAGUUAAAAUAACUCAGACAGAUAACUAUCGAUAACUUUUAACGUAAAUUCUGUGUGAUGUAUCGCUCACCGUUACGAGAUGAGUUAUUUCCCAGAAGUUAAAAAGGAAGUAAGCAUUGUUUUGUCUAACAAAAAGAACCUUAUGUAGAAAUAGUACAAGUUGGAGCGAGAAAGAGAAUGAUGAGAAAGUAUAUCAUAACUGUAGGUAGAACAGUAAAAUCCCUGGAUGUUUAUAAAUUUAGAACCAUCUUUAUUCUUGGAUUUCUCGAUUUGUCUUUUGUAUAAUUUUUUCUGUUUUUAAAAAUGUAUAUUACCGUUCUGUUUUAAAAUUGGCUCUAUUUUUUUAUUUUUAAUUAUUAUUGUUUUAAUUUCAUUACUACCUGCAUGUUUCUAAUUGCUAUGUUAGGUCUACUUUUUGGAUAUUUUUAAUUUUGAUCUGUUUUAUAUUUGAUAUUAAAUUUGAUUGAUUAAAUUAUAAUUUUAUUGAUAAAAUGCCGCGCAAGAUCCCGGGACAACCUGAAGCAUCGUUAAAAUUCAAACGGAUUUGUUGAAUACCGCAGCGUUCUUCGUUGAAUAUUCACUUCAUUUCUAAAAACAAGUCAAAAGAUGAACCUAACUUUACAAAUCCUUAUAUAAUCACAAAAUUAUCUCGUAACUUCACGUAUAACGUCGCGUUAUAAAAUGACAGUUGAUACAUCAGAUAACUCAAAAGUUAAAUACGAUACAUCACACCAUCUCGACGAUUAUAACUUAGCUACAGAAUAACUUUUCGUUAUAUUUAACUUAAGUAAUACAUCACAGCCCUUAUUAUCUCUUUUAAACUAUUAAGACAAACCAUAAUCAACAGAUAUUCAGUCAAUCUAUUAUAAUUAUUGUACUUAGUAUUAAUGUUCUAUGAAAUGAGUUUACGUUUUGAGCAAGAAGCCAAAAUACUUAAGUAACUGCAGUAACUUGAGCUUUUUACCGAAAUCAAAAGAUCAGGACACGCAAUAAUCACCUCGUUCCUGAAAAUCUCCAUGGGGAUAUGGGCCGGAUAGCUCAGGCGGUAGAAUGUCUUACUUCCACGCAGGUAGGCAGAGGAUCGAAUCCCAGCGUGGGCGAGAACAUCUAGAUAUUUUUAAAAAUGUCUAUAGGACCCUGGUCGACUCAGCCUGAACAAAAUGAGUACCUUGGGUAAAAACAGGGGUAAUAAUAGGCGGUUGAAGCAUAGCACUGCCCUGUUACCUUCCUUGUAUAUCGUAGGCCCAAAGCCGCGUUAGCGAUAUAAAACGGGAGAAUAUUAUUAUAUUAUGUCAUUCAGUUCAUAUUUCAGGAACUUCUGAUUAGCGAGCAGAUAAAAAGAACACCUUCUACUUUAAUAAUAGGCAGAUGGUUGCAAAGUAUUCCUUAAAGAACUGCAGAAGUAACUGUAUCCUAAAUGUCUUCUUUUUUAAGUUACCAUUGCUAUAUAUUUUCAUUUGUAGCACUGAAACUGAAAAUUAUGACUCGUGAAUACUACACGAAUGACAAUAUUUGCAGAAUACAAGAAAACUCGAAAGGAAGGUAGACAUCCUAUACCUUUUUUUGUGAGUGAUGACUAGAUGUCUUUAACAACCAUUCAGAAAUUAUUUUACAUCACUGAAAUCCAGUAUUACUUUUAUCACACAUAUUUAUAAUCCUAUUAACGGAAGAGUUGAAAUGGUCAUAAAAUUCUCAGAGUUGAAGUUGAGCGAGUACCAGAACCAAGAUUGUUUGUAUUAUUGCUCUUCUUUUCAACCAGAGGUUACUUUGAAUUUCAAAGUAUCUAAGGAUCUACAACAUUCCUAGGUACUUUGAAAUCCAAUGUACAUGAGAACUUAGGUUGAAAGGAAACUCAUCAGAUGUAGUACUUUGGAAUACAAGUACCUGGAAAGGUAUAUAUAUUGAAGACUAGUUUCCCUUUCGCCAACACUCGUCAUACAUUCUAUUAAAUUAUUUACGAUUUAUAAUUUGAGAACCAGUUUAUCAAGAAAUGCAUGCAGAAAAAUAUUGAAAUGAGUAACUUGAAAAAAAAAAGAUACCAAAUAAUAUUCUGAUAGUACUCAUACUAUAAAUAAUAAUGUAACACUCUUCCUUGAUACUUACAUGUAUUAAAAUGUCUCAUAUCCAAAGAGGAUAUUAUGUAUGCGUUUGUUUAAAAUUGUCUCAAACGUUUGAAGAAAUGUGUUACCUUUAUUAGUAGAGAUUUUAAAUUAAGAUAUGCAGUUGAUUCUGAUGUAGACUCAGAGUAGGAAGUAUAUGUCUACGUUGUUAGUAACAAAACUGAAGUAACUUGGGGAAAUAAUAUACAUUUUUGCCUUAUAGAGCAGCAACUAUAAAACAUUGGCUAUUUUGAAUACUUUUAAUAAACGUACAAUGGAUGCUGUACUUCAGAUUGUUAGAGCUAUAGCGUAUAAAGUGGCGGCCAUAAUGGCGCACCGCAAUCGCACCACAUCUACCCUUGACCACAACCACGCUGAAGCAAAGUAAAUACAAGCAUUGCCGUAAAUGCGCGUGGUCACAACGACGUGCCGCACCGCCCUUCGCACAUCGCUGGAUAGCAACGCCUCGCCCACGUACAUUGAGCUUAGUAUUUUCUGAUGUUAGCACUUCGCACUGUGAUUGUUCUAGGGAUGGAUAAAGACAAAUUAAUUAGUUUUGUGUUUAUGCUUGUACCACUUUGGAACAGAAAAAGCAAAUGUCGCCACAAUAGUUUGGUUUUAGCAAAACUGGAAAGAAAGCAAGGAAAGAAGUGGACGCGCAAUAGUAAAUUCGCUUUUUAUUUAGAUGAUGCACCGCCAUUUUUGUUUGUUCUUUGCAAAAACACCUGGUCUUAAAAUUAGAAUUUAAAACGUCCGAUGUAACGACGACCUGAUUAAAAAAUAAAGAAUAAAUGUGCGGUGCACGGUGCGUCAAUACGGCCACUAAUGUGCAAAGCAAAGGCUAAGCUAGGUGUGAGGUAUUGUACUGUGCGUUGUGCGGUGCGAUGUACCGUGUGCCGUUGUGGCCGUAUCCUAACACACAUGUGGCGAGCAUUUUACACUUAUGAUUCGCUGCUUGAAUUUUGUUGGCAUUGACGUACUAAGAGAUCAGCUAAAAGAGAUAUCGAUUUUUAAAGAUUAAUUGGUUUCAAUCAAUCUUAAUACAAUUUCGACAUACGAAAAUGUCAAAAAUUUUGUUGACUUUAGGCAGCCCAUUUUCGGGGAAUUACGCAGAUAUUUAACAAUGUGGCGACCGAAAGUGCAAUAUCAUAUCAAUACAGUGAUGACCGCCCUAAUAAUCGGCAAAAUAACGCAAAAGCUGGAAAACAUAUUAAGUUUAAACAUAAAAAGAAAUGAAACUAGUGGAGGUCGGAAAUUUAGCGAUAAAAACCUAUAAAUUUAUAUUAUAUUUAUUGUUUCCCAUCUUUAGACGUAUCAGAGGAGUAUGUCAGCUAAAACUGUCACUCACAGUGGCAAUUGCCAAACUCGUCCGAUAGGUCUUAAGGUGGGAAACAAUAAUUAGAAUAUAAAUUUAUAGGUUUUUAUCGCUAAAUUGCUCACCUCUACUAGUUUCAUUUCUUUUUAUCUCACAACUUCAUAUGUUUUCCAUCUUUUGCGUUAUUUUGCCGGUUAUUAGCGCUCUCAUCACUGUAUAAAGUUAGAUGUCCAACAAAUGGAAGUUAGAUUUUAUUAAAUGAAAACCUCAUCGGCCACAAUGUCUCUAGGAGUUCUAAAAUUUAUUUCUAAUAUCAAAAUAUAAUUAAAUAAAGUGAAAAUUGAAAAUAUUAUCGGCCUUUGUUAUAUAGUUGCAUAAUGUUCUGAAUGUGAAAGAUUUCAACUACUAUGUGACACUAUUCAAAAUCGACUGAGAAAUCUCUUAAAUUUUCUCGUUGUUUAGUAUUCUUUCCCUGUAAAGAUCUAUUUGUUGUUAGAAUUUUCUAGAUUUUUUCACUUAAAUGUAACCCUUGGCAGAAAAAUAUUCAUUAUCGGCGAUUUUCACGACUUCUACGGUUAUCCUUUGUGUGUACCUUUCAUUGCAUGUAAACGUAAAAAUACCGAUGGUGAUGAUGCAGUACACUGAGAAAAAAGAAUCAAGCUAGUUUAAUAAUGCGCCGUAAGAGGAACAUUCAAAUGUUGUCAGUAGAAAUUACCACAUUGUGAUAUUUAAAUGUUGGGGUGGCCUCUUGUUUGUUUUUUAAGUUGAACCUGAAAUCUUAUUAUGUUAAUAAUUAUUUCUUAUCCUAGCUGGACUAUACUUAUCUUUUGUUAUGUUUGCUUAUUCCAUUCGCUUCGUUUUGUUUAUCGAAUUAUGUAAGUCGUUUAUAUAUCAGCUGCUAGCAGAUCAUCUAGACUAAUUUUUAUUUCAACAGUUUUUUUAUUCUGUUUUGUUUUAUUUUUUAAAUUUCCGUAGUGGAUGUUUCUGUUUUUAUCUUGUUCCACAGUCCCAACGUUUUUAUUUAUUAUUAUUUUCCAGUUACCUCUCAUACUCUAUUACCUCUAUUAUUAAUUUUUGUCUAUUCUCUCAUAUACCUAAACAGUUGAAGUUUUUUUGGUUUCUAUAAAAGUGUCAAUUCGUGCUUUAUCACUAAUUUUUUUGGAUUCUUUAUUUAUUCAUUGUUUCUACUGAUUUUAUCUGCUUAUCGUCAAAAAUUUCUUUACGCUCAUUUUUUUUGCUUUAUUACUAUCCAUAUUUCACAUAUAUUUGAAUAUAUCUCGUUUUAUAAUAUAAAACAGUGAUUUUUGAUGAUCUCAUUGAUAACUACACAUAGUAUUUUUAACACACUGACCACUUUUGAUCGUUUUCCUUUCGACGGAUAUGGAUUAAUAAACACCGGAAUAUUUGUAUGUAUUAUGUACAUUACGUUUUUUAAGGUAAUCUAUCUCAUAAAAAGAUGAAUUUGUUGAUAAAUUAUAAUUUUUAAUUUUAUUUGUGAAUAUGUAAGUUUUUUCUUAGUGUAUAUAUUCAAUCAAAUGUAGCCCGAUAACCUAACAAAAUGUGUAUAUAAUGUAUAUACUGUUGUACCAUACUGUAAAUGUUUGCCAAAAAAAUGUUAAAACAAUGUUUUCUAUAUUAAUUUUCGUUCGUAAGUUCUGGUAUUAUAGAAACGGUGUUUCAUAAUGAAUGGUACGAUAUUUUGUUUCGAUGUUUCUAUUACUUUCAAUAUCGGUAUGUAUCAAUUUAAAAAAGUUUUCAGACAAGUGUAAUUUUUUUGAAGGCUAUUUUAGAAAAUUAUUAUUUCCGUGAAAUAUUUUAAAUUAUAGUACACACUGCUUCUUGCACAUAAAAUUAACCAGUCUUUAAGUUGUGUAAGAAGAAUGGCAAUAAGAAAGGGCGCACUUUUAAGAGCACAACUACAAGUAGAUAAUGCUCCAAUAGAGCAAGUGAAAACAUUAAAAUACUUAACAGAGGAAAAAUACGCAAUCCCUCAACUAAUUAUCCAAGGAGAGAAUGAGGGCAAGAGAGGGGUAGGUCGCAAACAAAUGUCGUGGCUACUUCUUCUUCUUACUUCUUGUAUGUAGGCUUUAAAGCUUGUUUCUUCUUCAAUAUUAGCCUCCUAAAUUGUUUAUCGCACCAUCUUUUUCUUGGUCUGCCAAUACUUCUUCGUUCAUUUGGUGACUUAUCUCGUGCUAUUCAUAUCCUAUCCUCUGCCAUUCUACUAAUGUGUUCGUUCCACUCCUGUUUCAGUUUUGUCACCCAUCCAUUUAUGUCUUCUACAUUGCAUAAUCUUCUUAUGUUUUCGCUUCUCUCCCUAUCCAACAGACUUUUAUCCAACAACCUGAUAUUCGUGGGAGUGUUUUCAUCUUUGUUGUUUCUAGUAGUCGUCUCGUUUUAGAUGUGUCAGGUCUUGUCUCCGCCGUGUAUGUCAAUAUAGGUCUAAUUGUUGCUUUAUAGAUUCUUGCUUUUGUGUCUUGUCUUAGGUGUUUGUUCUUCCAGAUUGUGUCAUUAAGAGAUCCCGCCGCUUUACUUGCUUUUAAUCUUUGUUGUCGUACUUCCUCUUCUACAUAUCCGUAACUGGUUAUAUAUUAUAUUCCCAGAUAUCUAAACCUUGCUUCCUGCUUUAUUAUUCUCCCAUCAAUUUCGAUUUUACAUCGUAGUGGGUAUUUAGAUGUUGUCAUACAUUUGGUUUUUUUCUGCUGAUAUUAUCAUAUUGUAUUUCUUGGCUGUUGUAUUGAAGAUGUGUGUUAAUCUUUGGAGAAUGUCUUCUGUCUCGUCGAUUAAUGCUGCGUCGUCUGCAUAACAUAAUAUUUGGAUUUCUUUCUUCCCCAUCAUGUAACCAUGACUUUACGUUCUGCUUCUAUUAUUUCGUCCAUUAUUAUAUUAAAGACCAGUGGGCUUAACGAGUCACCUUGUCUGACUCCGCUUUGUACUGGUAUAAACUGCGUUAGUUUUCCAUUUAUCUUUGCCUGUAUUCGAUUAUGAACGUAGAUGUUUUCGAUGGUUUGUAUUGAUUGGUAUGUUUCUUCUCUACAGUAAAUGUAAGACGUCUUCGACUUGGAUGCGAUCGAAAGUCUUUGUCAGGUCUAUAAAACAUAGAUAUGCUGGUUUAUUGUACUCAAUGGCCUUUUAUGUGAUUUGUCUCAGUACAAAUACAGCGUCUACGCAGGAUCUUCCGGAUUUGAAUCCUUGUUGUUCAUCUGAUAAAGUUGUUAGUUUAUUGAUUUUGUUGGUUAGGACUUUUGUGGUUAGCUUAAGUGCGGUGUUCAGUAGAUGUAUACCUUUAUAAUUUUUGGGGUCUUCGUCUCCUUUCUUGAACAUUGGUAUCAUUAUGCUGUUUCUCCAUAUGUUCAGGGAACUUGUACAUUUUUUUUUUAUUACAUAAUAAUGUUGUUUUGUUUAAAAAUGAUAUUUCCAAAAUUCCACUCCUCAAAAACUUAGAAGUACAAAUUUAAAAUCUUCUGUGUAUUUAAACCAUUUCAAACGAGCCAAAAAGCUCGCGAACACUUGUGAGGUCACAUCAUUAUAUUAUAUAAUUCCAUUUAUCGUAUGUCAUUCUAAUAAUAUAUAUGCUUUUACAAAAACACUCAAAUAUUACUCAGAAAUAUUUUCCAGAAUAGAAUUCCAAACCUAAUGAAUUAAUGGCGAGAACAUCAAAUACUAUAAUGAUAUGACGUCACGACCAAUGAGGGCGCGUUUUGGGCUGCCUGCAGUUAUUUGAAUUUUUGAAAUGAAAACUUUUUUUUCGUUGAUAUAUGUUUUAAAUUAUGUUCUGUUGUGAUUUAUUGCAUUUUUUUCCAAUUUAAAUUUUUAUGCAAGUUCCCUAUUCUUUUCGAUCAAAUUUUCAUCGCUACGCUAAAAACUCACAUAAGCUGGCUACAGAAUGCGUGAUGCGUGCGAGGUUCAAGAAUAGUGUGUAGGGUCUUGUUCGUUAAAAAUCAAUUCGUAAACAUGAUUCGUGUGUGCACAGUAUUCGCUCUUGUGCGCGGUAAAUUAAUGAAUAUCAAAGACUGCGCAUCAACAAGAACCGAUGAACAUGGGUAAAUCAGGCAUCGCGCAUUACCAAUCGUGAAAAAACGCAUAGUAUGUAUGCUUUAUACGCGAAUUACUACGAACUACAAUGAACUGAACGAAUCGUGCAUCGCGAAUUCAUGCAUAGUCUGUAGCCACCUUAAAUAUUCUAUGUUCCGUAUUCUGAAAAGUCAAGGUGACGCGGACUACGGUAACUAUGAAGAUUUUCCUCUUAAACUUAAUUGUGAUUUUCAAUUUAAAAAUAUUUCCUAUGCAUUUCGAUCAAAUAACCAGAUAAAUUUUUUAUUGAAUUGAAAUUCAUUUUGUAAUUUUUGUGAAAAAUAUUCACAAAGUUUUUACGAAUAUUGUACUGUUCGUUUUGAAACACCCGGAGGUAUGAGUGAAUAUAAUGAAUACAGUAAUUAAAAAAAAAGAAUAUAAAGGAAUUGCGAGAUAAAUUUUUUAUUGUGGACAUUUUUUCGGAAAUAGCCUAAAACGGAAAGCAGAUAUAAAAGAAAUAGAAAUAUAUAUAGUGCAUAAACUGCUGUCACAAUUAGAUCAUUUUAGACUAUUUCCCAACCCAACUAUUUUUAAAUUGAUGAUUUUUUAAACUGUGAUAGUAGAAAAAGGACCACACUAUUUGUAAAAAAAAUAAAUAUAUGAAUAAAUGUAUCAAUGUAU